AUGAUUGUCAAAAAAGACCAAUAUAGUAAUUUUGAAUCAGAAACAGAUGACGAAGUUAUGCAAACAAUAAAUAAUGAAAAUGAUGAAUCAUUAUCUUCUUCGUCAAUUUCCGAACAUGGUAUAGAAGGAAUGAAGAAAUCGAAAUUGAAACAAACGAAAUCUUCUUCCACUGGCAUUUCGGAAGGGGAAAAGGAAACGAAUAUGGCGACACAAAAAUCGGAAUCGAUUCAAUUUGAACGCAACUUGAAAAAUAAAAAAUAUGACAAUCAAGGAGAUGAAAAUUACACCGGAUGCGGUUGUCAAUGAAUUACUGUAAAAUUUAGUCGUAUCUAUUAUUAUAUUAUUAUGUCACUAUUGAAUAUUAUAUUUUUCAUUAUCGUAUAAGAGUYAUAACA